AUGAAGAUGAAGAUUCUGGUCUUACUGUUGUUGAGUCUAACAGGUAAGGUGUCUCAGUGAGUGUUCUAGAAAGAUUUCUAAGUUCUCUCCCAAAGUUCUCUUCUCUUUUUUUUCCGAAAGAAUGGUAGGCUGAAGGGUUGUACAUGAAGCCUAACGCAUGAUACAGCACUCACCCAAAUACAGUGGGGAAAAAAAAGAUUUAGUCAGCCACCAAUUGUGCAAGUUCUCCCACUUAAAAAGAUGAGAGAGGCCUGUAAUUUUCAUCAUAGGUACACGUCAACUAUGACAGACAAAAUGAGAGAAAAAAAUCCAGAAAAUCACAUUGUAGGAUUUUUAAUGAAUUUAUUUGCAAAUUAUGGUGUAAAAUAAGUAUUUGGUCAAUAACAAAAGUUUCUCAAUACUUUGUUAUUGACCCUUUGUUGGCAAUGACACAGGUCAAACGUUUUCUGUAAGUCUUCACAAGGUUUUCACACACUGUUGCUGGUAUUCUGGCCCAUUCCUCCAUGCAGAUCUCCUAUAGAGCAGUGAUGUUUUGGGGCUGUCACUGGGCAACACAGACUUUCAACUCCCUCCAAAGAUUUUCUAUGGGGUUGAGAUCUGGAGACUGGCUAGGCCACUCCAGGACCUUGAAAUGCUUCUUACGAAGCCACUCCUUCAUUGCCCGGGCGGUGUGUUUGGGAUCAUUGUCAUGCUGAAAGACCCAGCCACGUUUCAUCUUCAAUGCCCUUGCUGAUGGAAGGAGGUUUUAACUCAAAAUCUCAUGAUACAUGGCCCCAUUCAUGCUUUCCUUUACACGGAUCAGUCGUCCUGGUCCCUUUGCAGAAAAACAGCCCCAAAGCAUGAUGUUUCCACCCCCAUGCUUCACAGUAGGUAUGGUGUUCUUUGGAUGCAACUCAGCAUUCUUUGUCCUCCAAACACGACGAGUUGAGUUUUUACCAAAAAGUUAUAUUUUGGUUUCAUCUGACCAUAUGACAUUCUCCCAAUCCUCUUCUGGAUCAUCCAAAUGCACUCUAGCAAACUUCAGACGGGCCUGGACAUGUACUGGCUUAAGCAGGGGGACAUGUCUGGCACUGCAGGAUUUGAGUCCCUGGCGGCGUAGUGUGUUACUGAUGGUAGGCUUUGUUACUUUGGUCCCAGCUCUCUGCAGGUCAUUCACUAGGUCCCCCCGUGUGGUUCUGGGAUUUUUGCUCACCGUUCUUGUGAUCAUUUUGACCCCACGGGGUGAGAUCUUGCGUGGAGCCCCAGAUCGAGGGAGAUUAUCAGUGGUCUUGUAUGUCUUCCAUUUCCUAAUAAUUGCUCCCACAGUUGAUUUCUUCAAACCAAGCUGCUUACCUAUUGCAGAUUCAGUCUUCCCAGCCUGGUGCAAGUCUACAAUUUUGUUUCUGGUGUCCUUUGACAGCUCUUUGGUCUUGGCCAUAGUGGAGUUUGGAGUGUGACUGUUUGAGGUUGUGGACAGGUGUCUUUUAUACUGAUAACAAGUUCAAACAGGUGCCAUUAAUACAGGUAACGAGUGGAGGACAGAGGAGCCUCUUAAAGAAGAAGUUACAGGUCUGUGAGAGCCAGAAAUCUUGCUUGUUUGUAGGUGACAUCUUUUUAAGUGGGAGAACUUGCACAAUUGGUGGCUGACUAAAUACAUUUUUUCCCCACUGUAUCUUCUUGUCAAUAUUCAGAAAAAAUAUUUUCAUCACUGUUCUGCAACAUAUGCUUAAACAAUUGAAGUGUUUGCUGUUGUAGUCCUGAGGGAUAAUGUUUUCUUUAUAAAUGUGGUUUUAUGUUCUACAUCUACAAAAGCACGGCAUAAUGCUAUCGAAAUUAGCCCUGGAGCAUUUAAUAGUGCUAGAAAACAAUACAAAAAUACGUUUGGAGAUUUGUAUUACACAUUUGAAUGACCUAAUGUUAGCAUUAAACAAUCAAGGACUUUAAACACUUGUUGGACAAUAAUUGUAAAAAUGAAAUGCCUUUUAUGGUGUCUGGUGGAGUUUACAUAAAUCCAGUUAGUUGGGAGGUUAUUCCUUUACAUGGAACAACCUCCAGUUAGUUAGGAGGUUGUUUCUUUACAUGGAACAACCUCCAGUUAGUUGGGAGGUUGUUCCUUUACAUAGUGUGAUAGCGGAUACUUUGUUCUAUCAAAAUAUACACUACCAGUCAAAAGUUUGGACACACCUACAAAGCUGUCAAGUUUGGAGAGUGUGCAAAGCUGUCAUCAAGGCAAAGGGUGGCUAUUUGAAGAAUCUCAAAUAUAAAAUAUAUUUUGAUUUGUUUAACACUUUUUUGGUUACUACAUGAUUCCAUGUGUGUUAUUUCAUAGUUUUGAUGUCUUCACUAUUAUUCUACAAUGUAGAAAAUAGUAAAAAUAAAGAAAAACCCUUGAAUGAGUAGAUGUGUCCAAACUUUUGACUGGUACUGUAUAUUUAAAAUGUUGUUAAUAUUAAGGCAAAUAUUUGAGAUUGUCCCAUCUUUCAAGAGUCCCUGAGUUCUUAAACAGCAGCAUUUUCUCUCAUCCUCAUGGCAAAAUGUGUAAAAUAGCAUGAUAUUAGCUGGGAAUUUGCGUGGGCCCCGCGAAACUGCCCUACCUCACUGCAUUUCUUCCUUGAUUUUUAUAGCUCUCCCUCUGCUCUAGUGCAUAUUGUUGUGUACAUUUUGUUUGCAAUACCAGAACUGUUUAUUUUAGGGCCCACUCUAGCUAAUAUACAUUAUUAUUGUGAUAUACAGUACUUGAGGGGCUGGAAUGUGAUGGUCUUAGCAAAAUAAUAACUUAAUAAUGACUAUUCCUCUUUUCAAAUCUUUUUUUUUUUAAGUCGAAGACUGUGGCUGAAGUGAAAGUUACAUAAUUAAAGUGUCACUGUUCUCUGUGACUCUGUGAUCAAACCUCAAUCUCUAUGUAUUACUCUGUUGUCUAGGCUCAUAUCAGCGUCACAUGUCCCCUUACCAUUACCUGAUUAUCCUUUAACAUUUAGUUAUCUCUGUGAUUCAAUACUGAAAUGCACUACUGUAUACCUGGGAUCAGAGUUACUCAAUUCCUGAAUCUCAAAUCAUUCCAUGUUUUCUACAAAGUGCAUUAUUUUUGUCCAGGGCCAUUUAAAAACGCUGCACCUAUUGCACUGGUUAAAAUGGGUAAUGGCACUUGUGAUUUGUCUCUAUUUCUCAGUGGCUCUGGGGAGACCGCAUGGAGUCAUGGAUGAAUGGAAACCAGCUUUGCCCCAGAGAGAGAUCUACCCAGUCCUGCGAGACCAGAAAAAACCUGCUGGCUGGAACACUGAGGCGAUUGUAAAACAAACCCAGCUUAGUUCUGUGGUGGAGGAGAAACCUGAUGAACUGAGCCCCCUGGUGCUGGAGAAACCAGAAGACCUGAGCCCCCUGGUGCGGAAGAAUCUAAUGGAACCCAGCCUAGAUGUGCAGGUGAUUCCAGUAAGACAUGAAAAGCCAGCUGAAUUGAUGCCAGUGGUUCAGGAGAAACCAGAGACAGAAGACACUGUGGAGCUGGAGAAACCAGUAGAGAAAGCCCAGGAGAAACCAGUAGAGAAAGCUCAGGAGAAACCAGUAGAGAAAUCCCAGGAGAAACCAGUAGAGAAAGCCCAGGAGGAUGCAAAAGAGCUGAGCCCUCCAGUGCAGGACAAACUAGAAGAGACAGCCCAGGAGAAACUAGAGGAACUGAGCCCUGUCGCGCAGGAGAAACUAAAAGAGAAAGCCCAGGAGAAACCAGAAGAACUGAGCCCUGUCGCGCAGGAGAAACCAGAAGAACUGAGCCCUGUCGCGCAGGAGAAACCAGAAGAAAUUAGCCCUGUCGCGCAGGAGAAACCAGAAGCACUGAGCCCUGUCGAUCAGGAGAAACCAGAAGCACUGAGCCCUGUCGAUCAGGAGAAACCAGAAGAACUGAGCCCUGUCGAACAGGAGAAACCAGGGGAAGAUGUGGCCCCUGUGGAGUUGGUGGAGGUGGGCCCAGCAGCAGAGGAAGAGGCUCAGCCUGAGCAGGAGAUGGAGGCUGAGAUGGAAGAGGAUCUACUUCGGAUGGAAGAUCCCGAGAUGGGGAAAGCAGAGAUGGAAGAAGCAGAGAUGGGGUUAAAGAUGGAACAACUAGAGAUGGAAGAACUAGCAAUGGGGGAACUAGAGAUGGAAGAAAAAGAAAUGGAAGAACCAGAAAUUGAGAAAAAAGAGAUAGAAGAACCAAAGAUGGAGGAGCCAGAAGUACAGAUGGAACCUGAAGUAGAAAUGGAGCCAGAGGGGGAGAUGGCGCUUGCAAUGGACGAGGGACUCACACACCAAGAGGAGGGCCUUCUUAUGGAGGGUGAAUAUGUGAUGGCUGAAGAGCCAAUCAUGGAGUUGGAACCACUACCAGAGGACAGUGUGAUUGAACAGUAUUGGAGAGGAGGCAGUCCUAAGGAUGGCAACAAGAUGGCUCCAGAAAUUAUGUAUCCGUUUGAUCUGGAAGAGGAGCCAAUGACAGAACUGGAGCCAUUGCUAAGGGAGGGGCCUGGCCUGGAGGAAGAAGAUGAGUAUGUCAUGGCAGAACAACCAAUCAUGGAGCUGGAGCCUGAAAUGAGGGAUAUGCCUUUUGGAGAGAAUCCAAUCAUGACAGAUUACGCCAUCAAGGGGGAGGAGCCAGUGAGGGAACUGAUGGAAGACAUGGGGCCUACAAUGGAGGGGGAGUACUUCCUGGCUGAGGAACCAAUCAUGGAGCUGGAACCUGAAAUGAGGGAAAGGCUGUACACUGGGCAUUAUCCAAUGACAGACUCAGCUGUGAUGGUAGAGGAGCCAAUGAUGGAGUUGGAACCUCUAGAAGGGGAGAGGCGUCUUAGGGAAGAGCGUUUUCUAUUGGAGGAGGGGGUUCAAGUAAGGGAGAGGUCUCUCAUGGAGCAGCCAAUGAUGGACGAGGGCCCCAUGAUGGAUGGAGCGGCGCACAUGUGGGUGGAGCCAGAGAGGGAGAGGCGAUCUUUAAAUAUGGAGGAGGUGGGGCUAAUGGAGAACAUGGCCCAACGUGAACCUACAGGUGAGAGGGAUGG